AUGGCUUCCAAUGACGCGGCCCGACAUACAAUGAAAACUCCUGAGCGGUCUGAAUACCAGGUUAAUUCAUCCAGUUUUGAUCGUGCCAGCUGCAAUGAAACCUCGGAGGAUGAUUCGCGCUCCGAACCCACCGUCGGCCAGUUCUCCUUCGCCCCCGCAACGCAAACUACAAUCGUGACAACAACCACGACGACUACAACUAGCUUUCCACCCUUGGUAAUGAAGGCACCUCGACCCCUGGACGGCCUUGACCCAAAGCAUUAUCCUCUCGCCAGCUCAGAGACUCCUCUCUCGCUAAGAGAUAUCAAAUUCAAUCUCAAUGGACAGUCGAUUGUUUUCCAUGAGUCUGACCAUGCAGCUAGUACUUUAACUGAGCAACAGGAGGCUCUCAGCGCUUCAGAUGGGGUCAUUAGGUCAGUCGCUAUAGCGAAUCCUUUACCACGUUCCGAUUCAAUCUACAGCCGGCUUCCUAGACAUGGUCAUCGCUCGCUCAAUAAUUUGAAUACAAAACGACGUCGGGUCUCUCCCGUGCCAACUGCAGAGUCUUCACAAGAUCCCAACCCUUCCCGCUCAUUUGUGCCUGAACCCUCUACCUCCCGACACCCUCGACGAACUUGUUCGAGUGCCACCAAACAUCCUUGGCACUUUCCUGACGUCGGAUUGGCGACACCAGAAACGGAAAGUGCCAAUUUUGUCCUUGACAGCGAAAUGAAUCAACCAAAGAAGGCAUCUAAGUUAGGAUUAUUCGUCGAACGCCAAUAUGAGAGUCCAUGUAUAAGUGGCGAAAACCGCCGUGGAAGCCUUGACGAUGGCGAGCAAACGUCGCCGUUACUCGAGCGCCGCUCGGGAUUGCCUUCAGAUACGUUGAUGUCGUCACUAUCGUCGAGUUCUGAUAUUGGUCCAAGGCCGGCCCGUCGCCUGCGUCCACUGGUCUCAAGAUUGGUGGCCGUUGACGGAAACAGCGCUGAAAAUUUGCCUCUGCCUAGUCCUAGGCUGUCACCUAUCGCUGCAGCUAAUGCCUCGCAACAAGAAGUAUCAUUCGAUUCAACAGAAGAUCAGACAACCGAUACGGAUUCAAACAAUGAUCUCGUCCAGAAUGAAACCAUUUCGUUGUACGAUGUUGCCAGGAAGAGCAAUUCGCGUGAAGGGGAAGCCAGGAAUGUCAUCGACUAUGCGUCGUCCUCACUGUCGCUCAUGGAUAUGCCCGUAAUGCUGAGUUACUUUGAAUCGAUACCUGAUGAGCUCAAAUCAUACGUCAUGUAUCAGCUGUUGAAACGGUGCCCAAAACAGACACUACAUGUGGUAGCUGACGUCGUCAAUCCCGCACUAAAGUGUGAUUUCUUGGCGCUGCUUCCUUUUGAACUCAGCCUCAAUAUCGUCAAAUUCCUUGAUGUGCAGUCGAUGUGCAGGGCAUCUCAAGUCUCGAAGAAAUGGAGGCAUAUUAUAAAUUCUGACGAAAAGACCUGGAAAGCUCAUUUUGAUGCCGCUGGCUUCAAUCUCCCUGAAGCGGAACUUCAACAGGCGAUCGAAGAGGGUUGGGCCUGGCAGUACUCAGGUGAUUUUGAACAGGAUUUACGUUUGUGUUCAGCCUCUGACAGCGAAUCGUUGCCCCAAACCUCCCACUCCCGCGAGACUCCCACUUUGAACGAUGCUAUAUCGGGCGGUUCACGAAAACUAAAGAGGAAAGCUGUGUCCAUUCCCCCUGGCAGGGGCUCAGCGAAGAAACAGUUGCUAAAGGACGACUCUCCUGAACAGCACGAAAUUGCUAAUUGGAUACAUAAUUUGAAAAUAGCUGAAGGGCCAUACGCGGCAGCUAAUGCGGCAGCCCUUGCUCUUCCUUAUCCAGAGAUUGGUUUACCUUCACUUCGAAGUUUGCACCUUUACAAGUCGCUUUACCAAAGACAUCACUCGAUACGCAAGAUGUGGAUGGAUCGGAACGCUAAGCCAUUGCACAUCGCCUUCCGUGCGCAUGAUCGUCAUGUUGUUACUUGCCUCCAAUUCGAUACUGAUAAAAUCCUAACCGGGAGUGACGACACCAACAUCCAUGUUUAUGACACUAAGACUGGCGCCAUCAAAUCAACCCUUGAAGGGCAUGAGGGCGGCGUUUGGGCCCUUGAAUAUCAUGGCAACACCCUUGUCUCAGGUUCUACAGACCGGUCGGUCCGCGUGUGGGACAUUGAGAAGGCAGAAUGUACCCAAACCUUUCAAGGACAUACGUCAACAGUCCGAUGUUUGAAAAUUCUAUUACCAACCGAGAUUGGUAGAAAGCCGGACGGAACUAUAGAAACAAUGCCAAAGGAGCCUCUGAUUAUUACGGGCUCGAGAGACUCAAGUCUACGUGUUUGGAGACUCCCGCAGCCUGGUGACCCGAAAUAUUUUCAGGCCGGACCGGAAGAUGAUAAUUGUCCCUACUUUAUUCGGGCAUUAAAUGGGCACACUCACUCCGUUCGCGCGAUUGCAGCCCAUGGUGAUACACUCGUGAGCGGCAGUUACGAUUGCACCGUAAGAGUGUGGAAGAUAUCCACGGGUGAAGUUGUCCAUCGAUUGGAGGGACACAGCCUUAAAGUUUAUAGUGUCGUUCUGGACCAUCAAAGGAACCGCUGCAUCAGUGGUUCAAUGGACCAUUUCGUGAAGAUUUGGUCACUUGAAACUGGAUCCCUUCUAUAUAACCUUGAAGGUCAUGCAUUACUAGUUGGCCUUCUCGACCUUCAAGCAGACAAGCUUGUAUCGGCAGCCGCUGAUUCCACGCUCAGGAUUUGGGACCCGGAAACGGGACACUGUAAAAACAUCCUAACUGCACAUACUGGUGCAAUUACUUGUUUUGAGCAUGAUGAGCAGAAAAUUAUAUCCGGCUCUGAUCGCACAUUAAAGAUGUGGAAUAUCAAAACGGGGGAAUGUUUCAAAGAUUUACUCACUGAUUUGAGCUGUGUGUGGCAAGUCCGCUUCAACGAACGAAGAUGUGUUGCCGCCGUUCAAAGAAACGGACGCACAUAUAUUGAGGUGCUUGACUUUGGUGCGUCGCGUGAUCGGGUUCCAGCAGAUCGGUUGGGCCGGAGAAUCGUGGUAGAUAGCCACGGCAAAGAAAUACCGGAAGCCAACGAACGGGCCGGUGACGGGAACGAGUAA